AUGCAAAACCUAGUUAGGCCUGCCCCCCUUGCUGCUCCAAGCAGCACAAGCAUGUCCACAAGGCAACUAAAUUAAGCCUCCACUUCGUCCACUCCGAAUUUUUCUCCACCAAAAAGAAAAGGGCAGCAGUGCAAUGCCCCUUUGGUCUUUGCUCCUCGAGGGAGACAAGGCCAACGCAUGCAUAUCUCUCAUGACUUGGACUGCACCACUAAGCCCUAUAUAUGUUUUCAUUCCGUGCGCCGAGCUGAAGCAAACAGGAAGGUGGCAUGGGGAAAGGUGUGCUCAGGAGUGCAGCCAGGGCCCUGUCCUGGCCCAGGGGCAGCAAGACGACUUGUUCGGCCGAGGUGCCGGAGGACGUGAAGGAGGGGGAAUUUGCAGUGGUGGCGGUGUGGAAUGAGGAGGCAACCAGGUUUGUGGCCUCACUCAGCUGCCUGUCAAAUCCUGUGUUUCUGAGGCUGCUGGAGCUGGCAGAGGAAGAGUUUGGGUUUCAGCAAGAAGGGGCACUGACUGUUCCUUGCAAGCCUUCAGAGCUGGAGAGGAUCAUCAAGGGGAUUAAGAAUUUUUAGUUUUUUUGUUUUGUUUUGUCUUAUCUUUGAUUUUGUGUGUCUUGUGUUUAGGGUUGUUUGGUUAGAAUUGACGGGAGAUUACUUGUAGAACUGUAAUAUGAAAAUUGAUCAUGACUUUGUAGUUCUCUGUUUCAUUUCAGGUGUUUUAAUUUG